CCUCACCUCAGUCGAGUGCGCUGCGAACAAACGAUUCAACAUUGCGGCGUAUGAGCUCAAAUGCGGAACAAAAGACAUCCUCAUUAAACAGGGAAUGGUGCGAGAAGCGUUGUGAAUGUAUAGAAGUUAUUUUGAACGCAUUAGCAAAGGCGAAUAAAUAUUUGGGCCAUUGGUUUAAAGGGUUGUGUCUUGUGUGUUGCCAAAUCUGCGGGACGCGCGUUGCUCCCCAUCAAAGCCAACUACAGGGGAGGGACAUAGCCGAUUUCUCGACUUCAACGCUCUGACUGAAGGGGAGGGGGUCCGUAGACCGAAAUUGAUGGUAGUGGGCUACUGAGAAAGACUAGCUACUCCUGUUGAUAAUAAAGGCAAAAUACACCUUUCAGUCGAAUACAGCUGAGUUGGUGAAACGGGCCGGUGGUGAAACAUGGAGAUGUCUGAGGGGCUGUCACAGCAGGAGAGAAUCCAGGCUAUAGCGGAGAAGAGGAAGAGGCAGACAGAGAUCGAGAACAAGAAGAGGCAGCUGGAAGAUGACAGGAGACAGCUUUCACAUCUCAAGCAAAAGUCCCUGAGGGAAAAAUGGUUGCUAGACGGAGCUGCUGGGUCGGAGCAGGACGAGGCCAAGAAACAGUUGGCGGAGGACGAGGCCAAGCUCAAGGGGAUGGAGGAGAACAUCAUUAGACUGGAGCAGGAACUGGAGGAGCUGGAGACAGGCGUGUCGGUGACAUCCACCAAAGAGAGUCUGACAGAUGCAGCCAAGGUGGAGGAAGCCAAGACUGCCGACAACAAAGCUCCUGCAGGCACUGUUCAAGAGGCCAAGGAAGUGUGCAAAGGAAGCAACAGCCCUCGUCUGGACAUGUCCGGAGGUGCAUCAGAUAUAAUGAGAACAGAGGUCAAGGAAGUGCUCAAAGUGCACAACAGCCCUCAUCUGGACAUGUCCGGAGGUGCAUCAGAUAUAAUGAGAACAGUGGUACACGAGGUGAACGGGGAGAACGGGGUCCACCAGCUCAGCGCCAACGAGGUGGACGAGCUCAUCCACAAAGCUGAUGAGUCCAUGAUGAGUGACGCCAUCACCGCCGGUGCCACCUUCACCGCCCCUGUCUUCCCCACCAAUGCUGACUUGGCUGCCGAGCAGCAGACGACACCCAAGAAGGAGAUCACAGGCAUGGAGGCCAAGGCAGGUGGAGCUAGUCCCCAGCCAGGUGGAGGCGAGAUGGAGGCCAGCGCCGAGAACCCCGUCACUAUGGUGUUCAUGGGCUACCAGAGUGUGGAGGACGAGACGGAGACCAACAAGGUGCUGGGCCUGGAGGGUACCGUCAAGGCCCAGCUGGUGGUCAUCGAGGACGGUGAGGGCAAGAAUGUGAUGGUGGGGCACACCCCAGCCACCGUGACCGUCACCGAGGGAGGCGCCAAGGAAGAGCAGUCGCCCCCACCCAACGGCAGCGCCGCUGACCCCGCCAAGACCCCCCAGGAGACAUCUUCCGCAAAGGAGAAAGGGGGUGAGCCAGAGGGGGGUGCCACUGAGCUCAACAACAAGGAGAAGCAGCCUUGCAAGUGCUGCACCAUCAUGUGAGCAACUGUUGUGUGGCUGAAUUCUCCCCGGAACUUGACUUUUCAAGGAGAAAUGACAAACCAACAACAACCAUAACGUCAUGAAAACCAACAAACCCCUCCCCCCGCCCUGAAAAAAAAAGGCGUACAUGUUCUUUAUCUUCUGAUAGCCGGCUGUUGUUUCCCGACUUCGUUUGAAGUAUUUCAUUAUCAUCUCAUCAUCUCCUUUCCUUCUUUUGACCUUUUUUUAUUAUUUCAGGUUUGGUUGUGCCAAAGGGGAGCAAUCCCUGCCUUCUCACACUUUGAGAUUUCUGAGGGAGAGAGGAGAUAGAAAAGGAAGGGUAGAAGAGAGAAAGAAAGAGGAAGGGGUUCGUUUACUCACCCAGCAUUGUUUUAAAUGACAUCUCUUAUUCACCACCAUGAAUUGUGUAAUCUUAACUUUCUGUAUGAAGGACAGAUAUAUCUCUCUAUAUAUCUAUAUAUAUACAUUGUUUAUUUUAAAGAUAUAUUUAUUUGACUUUUUAUUUUUUGAAAAUGGCCUCUGGAAAGUGUUUUUGACAGAAGCAUGGUAUUCAUAGUUUUUUUUCUGUCCUGUGCUAGUGCAUUUUAGAUAAAAACGGGGACAUGAUUUUCUCAACACUUGGAAUAUUUAUGUAAGUGAAUUCUCUUGGAUUUUGAUUUCCAGAAAAAAAAUGAAAAGUUACUUUGGAAUGCUGAGACAGACACAAUACUGAUAUAUGGGUUGUCUGAGACAGACACAACACUGAUAUACGGGAUGUCUGAGACAGACACAACACUGAUAUACGGGAUGUCUGUGACAGACACAACACUGAUAUAUGGGAUGUCUGAGACAGACACAACACUGAUAUACGGGAUGUCUGUGACAGACACAACACUGAUAUAUGGGAUGUCUGAGACAGACACAACACUGAUAUUUAGAAGUGACAUGCAAUGAGACAUCAGUGAUAUUGAUGACAUCGAAGUACUGUGUGUGUGUGUGUGUAUGAGCAUGCAUGAGUGUGUGUGUGUGUUGGAUUAAAAUGACCUCAUUAGUCCUUAUAUCAUCCUACACUACAUUAGCCACAAUCCCCAUCACCUAUUUUCUUUCUGGAAGAAAAAACUAUCCCUGAUUUCCCUGCAACCAAAUCAACUACACUAGUUCGACAACACUAGUAAUGAAUUGAAUAACAUGUGUGAAGGUCAUUCAUACCGAAGCUUGAGACUGAUGAAAUGAAUGCCCCUCUGUAAGGCUUGAUGUUUGUGUGAGUCACCCCCACUUAACUACAUUACCCAGAAUACCACUGCCCCUUUAAUAUAAAUAAUGUUGCUUACAGCUGCCUUUGUGAUAACACUAACUACUUUUCAUUAACUCAUUGACAUAAUCCUGGUUCCUGAUGUUAUGACCUAGCAACUAACAGCUGGGUUUUGAAAUAAUAGUCGGCGUGGACAGGCCCUUCCAAUGUCCCGAAGAUUUUCGGCUGGAUAUUAACUACUGUGGAAUUGGUGCAUAGAGCAAAAUCUGUUGUUUUAAACGGCAGCGCAUAUCCUACCAAACUGUGUUGCAAAUACUGCAAGAAUUUGCUCCAUUCAGACAUUGAGGAUGAGUGCCAUGUGGAUGGGGGUCGGGGGUCAUAUAUUUCCCUCAGAGUCUGUGUGGGAGGAGAUUCAUUAUAAGAGUACUUGGUUUCCUGUUUUCCUGUUUGAACUCUACUGUCAGGCCUUGGUUUUGUCAUUUGUCAACGAAACCAAAGAAAACAGUUCAAGUAGGCCUACUUUUCAUUGUGUAUCUAUCACAGGAGGUUGGUGGCACCUUAGUUGGAGAGGACGGGCUUGUGGUAAUGCCUGGAGCGGAAUCAGUGGAAUGGUAUCAAAUACACCACACACGUGGUUUCCAUGUGUUUGAUAUGAUUCCAUUUGCUCCGUUCCAGACAUUAUUAUGAGCCGUCCUCCCCUCUGCAACCUCACUGGUAUCUAUCUAUCAACAUGUGAGGCAAAAAGCAGGGAAUUUCAACGUCAACAUUCCAAGAAGUUUUCAGAAUCCUUUCCUACGCUCCUCUGAGUGGUCAAUUUUGCUCCAAAUUUGGUGUUGCAAUUAUUUGUCAAUUUUUUUUUCUUUUCAGAGAACAAUAGAUGUUUUUGCAGUGUGGCUACAUUUGAACAGCUGUGUUUUACUUUCCCUUGGCUUGUGUGUGUUUCUUAGCUGCAGCUAUAGCAUUCUUUACAUCUUACUUAUUUCUGCCAUUUUGGAGCCAAAUUUCCAGCUGAGCUGAGGGUCAUGUUAUCAUUGUCCAGUGUAUUUUUCCCAGUGGUGAGUUGAGUCGGUUGAGUUGGAUUAGGUAAACUAGGAGAGAUCUUUUCAACCAACUCACUGACACGCUCAUAUGUAACCCUGGUCCAUGUAUUAUUAUUUGCAUCCGAAAUAAAACAAACAUUUUGUUUUCAAA